AUAGAGAAAGGGGUUUUUUGCUUUCUUUUUUAUAAUUUCCUUUCUUUGUUUGAACGUUUGUCUUUGUCAUUUUUCUUCUUUUCCUUUUGGUUUCGUUUUUGCUGGGUUGACUCUAGUAUCGCCAUUAAAACAAGUUCCCUAUCUCAACAACUAGGAGGACUAGGAUUAAACCAAGCUAUGCUGCCAGCUUUAAUGUCAUGUGAGUAAUGUUUUCAUCAGCGACUAGGAUAUGAUGUUGUAGGAGCUGAUGGCUUCAAAAGCAUCAUGCAUCUGUCAUGCAACGAUUAAGACAGUGAAAAUGCAUCGUUAAAAAUUUUUAGCUUGCAUCCACUGCUACUACCAGUCCAAACCAAACAGUUGCAUAGCCUAAAGAUUGUCAGGAAGAAAGCAUGGCAAACAAAUGGAAGCAGACGGCUCUCAUAGUAAUUGACAUGCAGAAAGAUUAUAUUUUAGAGGAUAAAAUAAUGAGUGUGAAAGGAGGCAAAGCCAUAGUCCCUAAUGUCAUAAAGGCUGUUCAAAUCGCCAGGCAGCGUGGCAUUCUUGUCGUGUGGGUUGUUCGAGAACAUGACUAUUUCGGAAGAGAUGUUGAACUCUUUCGCCGGCACUUUUACUCUCCUGAGAAGGGGGGUCCGACCACAGAGGGAAGUGUAGGUGCAGAACUGGUGGAUGGCCUUGUGAUAAAAGAAGAAGAUUACAAGUUGGUGAAGACUCGUUUCAGUGCAUUCUUUAAUACCAAUCUCCAUGGAUUCCUUCAGAGUAAUGGGGUCAAUAAUCUAGUGGUUGUUGGUGUUCAAACUCCAAAUUGCAUUAGACAAACUGUCUUUGAUGCAGUAGCACAUGAUUACCAAUCUGUUGCUGUAAUCGUUGAUGCCACAGCUGCUGCUACACCUGAGGUACAUGAUGCCAAUAUCUUUGACAUGAAAAAUAUUGGAGUUGCAACACCAACACUGCAGGAGUGGUGCGAAACCAAUGCUUGAUCCAUCAAAUGAUUGAACUGGGAUGCAUUCUACCCGGUGGCUCUCCCUUCUCUAUUAGACUACAUGCAUUCUGUCUCUAUAAAACUGUGUGUCUUAAUGUAUAUGUUUUGUGUGAGUGAUAGUCAUUACUAUGCUCAUUUUUAUGUUACCAAUACGGCUUGCUAGUUUUCUUAACUGGUUCCAUUCAGGGAAAUGUUCAUGAUUGAAUCUGGCAAGUUCACUUUUUAAUAGCUUUUUACUUGGAUUGCGUACAUGUGGGUUCUUUUUCAAUAGAAUGGACAAGCAAUUCCGAUGCA